ACGUUUGAGGUCACGAGACGAGAAAUCAGUCAGACGGAACGAUUGCUCGUCAGUCUCACUGCAUUCGCUCGCUAAGUUUACAGCGAAGUGGAAGAAAUGGGUUGCGCAGCGUCUAAAGGUGACAAAUCUGAAUCACACGGGAGGAAUGAGGUCAGCAGUUCGGAACCACCCAACUGGGAUAAGGAAGCUGAUCGACUGCGUGACGCCAUCCAAGGAUUGGGCACCGAUGAAAUUUCCAUAGUUAGAGUCUUGGCCAGAUUGACCAACAGACAGAGAAGGAAAUUGCUGAGAGUGUACAAGGAACGAUUUAAUGAGGAUUUAGCAACUGUGCUUGAAACAGAGCUGAGGGGGGCAGCUAAGACAGUGGUAGAUGCGUUACUGUACACACCUGAGAUGUACAAUGUCACUUCAUUAAAAGAAGCCUUUGAAAGCAAGGAUUACGAUACGGUUGUGUCCAUUAUAAUAUCAAGUAGAAAUGACAGUUUAAUGGACAUGAAGGAAAAGUAUUUUGCUGAGUUUAACAAGACAUUAGAAGAUGAUUUGUCCAAGAUACCAGACAAAGAUGUCAGGCAUAUUGUGAUGUCGUUACUUAGUGUCGAUCGAUCUUCUGCCAAGAAAAGAGCUGAUAAGGAAGCGGCAAGAAUAAGAGCCACCUUGUUGUUCAAUGAUGGUGACAUUCUGUCUCUGUUGUGCGAAAAAGUUGGCAGAAAUCAACUGAGGGAGACACUGGCUGCUUUUCUGGAGUUGCAUAGAAUCAAUAUUGGACAAUUUAUUGAAGAGAAAUGUUCAACUCUAUCGAAAAAAGCGCAAGACACCUUAAAAGAUUGUGUUUUAUUGAUUGAAAACCCUCCACAAUAUUUCGCAAAGGAAAUGGCAAAGGCUGACGAGCUCAAGAUAUUGAGAAUGAUGGUCUCUAGGUCUGAGAUAGACCUUUAUUACAUCAAGAAAGAGUUCCUCAGCAUCUACUCGAGACAACUCCAUGACACCAUUGACAAGCAGUGUCGCUUUGAUUACGCCAGACUGUUAAUAGUGAUACUGGAAUUACGUGGACAAUACACUGAGUCAGCUAAGAAGAGAUGAUUUAUGGCAACGUAUCGCAUGUUGUAUCCCAGAUCCCCGAGGUUUCACUUCGUGUAGCCUCACUCAGAAUGAAACGAAGGAUCUGCAUGGUAAUAACGCCCUGUAGGACAGAAAUCGUCUCUAUCCAUGGGUAAAAACAUAUAUACCACAGAGAGGCUCGUCUUUUUAAGACAUUUUGGAUGGCGACAUUAUAAGUACUAAGAGAAGUUUGGUUGAGGCAGUUAAUUGUAUUGAUAUAUCAUGAAAUCUCUCUGCUGAAAAUCUCGCAUUAUGAAGAAAGGAACAAGUGAAAACAAAAGGAACACUGUUGAAAAGAGAAUUUCAAAAGACAAGCACAAAAUCUAACAAUAUU